AACAAGCAAAUCCCUUCCCAACACGGUCGUAGUGCAGGGAGGAGCUAGACCCAGCUCCACCUUUAAAGCUCCUUGAGGGCAUCUCCUCUAGACAUGUCCCACUGCCUGCAGCAGGGGAUGCUCAACCCUGCGGCACAGUUGGUCCCUCCAGCAUCACCAUGAGCCUGCCCUGCUCACUGGGACCUUGCGCCUGCCCGGUGUACCGUGGCUGGCUGUGGGGACCUCAUUUUGGGUCCUCACUAUGGAUGUCCUCCUCCCACCGCAGCCCCAGCCAGUGUGAACCUCCCCAGCUGACCCCCCCAUCAUUUCAGCUCUGGCAGCUAAUCUCCCUGGCCGGGACCAAAGUCUGAGCUGCCCCACCUGGUUGCCAUGGAGAAGGCUGUAAUGGUAUUAGGACAAGCAGCAAAAUCAUAAAAAAAAAUAGCUUUUAAACCUAUUUAAACUCUAAGGAAUCAUUACCUUCCCCGGCAGCCCUCCCAUGCCUGCAGGUCCCUCCUCAGGGAGCUCCCCCCAUCCGUUCCUGGGGGUAAAUGCCACCAGCUGUCCCUGGCUCCCUGUUCUGUCCCCAACCGCAUGGGCUGGCUGAGCCCAGGAGGGACUGGUACUGGUGGCCCUGCCAGGUCAGCCGGAGCUGGGGAGGCUGGUGGGACAUGGGGAGCUCCCUGGUCCAUGCCCACCCACCCCGGGCGAGUGGUCCAGGGCCAGCUCUGGGUACCAGCAGGGACAGCACCAACCCGGCUUGAGCCCUGGGGACAGCAAGGAUGCAACAUGGGUGGUGUUGUCACAGCUGAGUUAGGAAGUAUUUUUAGCAAAUCUUGCCAAAUAUUGUCCCCAUCUGGAGAAGAGCAUCUCGCGUUGCCAGGGCAACCGGUGCUGCUGCUCCUCAUCCCGAACCAAAAAUGUGUGAGCCCUGAUGCUGCUGCCCAAGAGAGCCAGGACAUGGGACACCAGCAUCACAGAGCUUGUGUCACUCUCUUGGGGACACCUGCAGGGACCAAGCUCCCUCCUGGAGACACCCUCCCAGCAGAGUCAGGCUUUGCCUGGUGCUCACUGGCUGCCCACGUUUCUGGUCCUCCUAGUCCCCACCUAUUGUGCUGCAUCAUUUUUUCACUCAAAAAGUCCCACGUUACUGGAGAUGGGGACCUGGUAGUGGUGGCAAAAGGUUUUGGCAGCUGCUGGCAAAGGUCUCCAUUGGCAUUUCUGAGUGUCAGGUCAUGCCCUGCCACAUCUGCAGCAGGCUCGUGCAGGGAGUUGGGAAAUGCGGCUGAUGCGCUGGUGGCCCUUGGGGAUGCUAAUUAUCAUGCUGGUGGCCCAUGUGGCCCCGUGAAACUGUGUCACCAGCACCAGACUGGCUGGGCUGGUUGGACUGGGGGAAGUGAGGACGUCCCUGAGCCAUGACUCAGGGUGGCCAGGGCCAUUGCUGGAGGCACAGACGGGAAAUUUCCCAAACCCUGAGUUUUGGGGGGAAAGGGGAGUCCCUGGGAGCGGGGGGUCAGAGGCGCACAGGGACAGGGAAAGGCGGGAGAGCAUGUCCCAGUGAUGGGCAAUGGAGGUUGCAGCCCGGUCCUCGGGGUACCCGGCCGGUGGGAUGGGGCAGGAGCAUGGCCGAGGAGCCGCAUGCCUUCCCCCUGCCUGAGGCUGCACGGCCAUGACCGCCCCCACUGCCUGCUGCCAGGCUCUCCCCGCCUGCCCCGUCCCAGCCCUCCUUCUCAGCCCUGCAGGGAAGCACCUGGAGAUGCCGGAGGGUGACAAAUGGGUGACAUGAGCUGGCAUGAGCGGCAGCGGCCGCUCGCAGCCCAGCAAACCCAUCGUCCCCUGGGCUGCAUCACAAGCAGCAUGGCUGGCAGGUCAAGGGAGGUGAUUGUCCCCCUCGACUCUUGUGAGACCCCCCCCGGAGCACACAUCCAGCUCCGGGGUCCCAGCACAAGGCAGAGCUGGACCUGUUCAGAGAGGGUCCAGAGGGGACCACGGAAAUGGCCAGGGGGCUGGAAGAACCUCUCCUGUGGAGAAAGGCCGGGAGAGGUGGGGUUGUUCAGCCUGGAGAAGACCUUCCUGCAGCCCGUCAACGCCUAAGGGGGCUCAGAAGAGCGACGGAGAGAGGCUUUUCACCAGGACCUGUAGUGACAGGAGAAGGGGUGAUAGGUUUAAACCGGCAGAGGGCGGAUUUAGCCCGGCUCUGAGGACGAAAUGUGUUGCGGUGAGAGCCCGGAGGAGGUUGCCCGGAGGAGCUGCGGCUGCCCGGUCCCCGGGGGGCUCAAGGCCGGGGCCGGGGCCGGAGCAGCCCGACUCACCCCCGGGAACCCACCACCGGGCACGGCGCGGCCUCCCGCCGCCAGGGGGCGCCGCCGCCCCACCGCUCUCCCCCGGAAGCUCCCGAGCCCGUUGCCCUGGAAACGGGACAUGGCGGUACUUUGACUAGGCCCGGCCCGGGGCACCGGCCGCCUUCUUCGCAGCGGUGCGGGGGAAAGCCUCGCCGUCCCGGCUCCGCUCCCCGGCCCCUUCGCUCCCCCGGCGGCCGGGCUUUACCGCAGAGGCGCCGCCCCAGGAGGGGCCGCGCAGGCCUCGGCCCGUGACAGGUCCCCGCACCCGCUGCGGCCUCCGCACCGAGUCCCCGGGCGUGUGGGCCCACCGGGGUGCUCCGCUGGCCGCCCAGGGGGUGUCCGCUAGAUCCAGGAGCGGAUGCAAAGUCGCUUUGCAGGUGCUGGAAGCCAGAUGGAGCCAGUCGCUGUGUUAACGCUGGGCUGAGCCCUGCCGAAGCCUCCCCAGAAGGCGUGAGGGCGGGCGGCUGUUCCCUCCGCUCCGGGCUCACCUUGAGGGCCAGGGCCCUGGCAGCGUGAGGUGGGCGUCUCUGCCAAGGGCUGGCAAGUCUGGCUGGUGCUGGAGGAGAGGUGAAAAUAAACAGCAGGCAUCGGUCUGGUGGGCUUUGUGCUCGAAAUCUUCAACCAGUUUCCUCUUGAGCUGCUGUGGAUUUGGGGAGGGUUUUCACAUCUUAGACCUGCAUCCCGGGUGAGAGUUUUGUACGUCAGAGCUCGCUGGCGGUCCAGCCACCACGUCAGCCGUGUUAAAAGUGUCCUUGACAAGAAGAGUGAAAGAAAAACUCAGCACAGAGUUGGCAUUUCAGCUCUUAGUGGCGUUAACAGAACAUAUACUUUUUGUUUGGUUUUGCUCUGGAGCGGUGAUGGAGAUUUUGGACUACAAUGACACACUAAAACUUCAUUCCUCUGCCCAAUUUUGCUAUUUGUGGUGUCAGCCAGGACAAUAUUUGCUUCAUAUUUCCAAACCACAGGAAAAGAGGUCACUGUCGUUUCUGGUGCUCGUACAGCACCUGCCACAAAGGUGGUUUUGCCUGGGUCUCCCAGGCGCUGCAGGAGCAUAAACGAUACUGUGUAUGUGCGUGUUAAUUACUCUUAUAUUGCCAUCUGUCAGGUAAACGGGCACCCCCAUGGCUCAGGGAGCAGCCGGCUUUGCCAGCAUGAUGGGAUGGGCUGUUUGCCCUCCUGAAUCGGGCAUCUCGGGGUCUGGGCGCGCCACUGCCGGGGCCGUAGCUGUCUGGGGCAGCGGCAUGAGCCAUCCCUGGACCGGCAUGGGCUGGGAGUGCCUGUCCCUGGGGGGCCCAUGCGGGGCUGAGGGCCAGCGGGAGACAGCAUGCGCCUGGGGAGCAGACCUGCAGCUCAGCUUCUUUGCGUGCUGGAGCACCCGCCGUAGACUUCCAAGCCCCCCCACCCCACCCCAGCGCUGUGGGCGGUGUGUGAAUUUGGCUUUCUGCUCAGCAGUGGGUGUGAAGAGACUGUGAAUUCUCAUCAGCACUUUCGUUAUCUUAAUAAAAUCAUUUCAGGUCUGUUAAGUUCUUUUGCAGAAAAAUAAGACAUAAUUGCAUGUUGCAUUAGCUUCUCCUUCCCCUGAGCCCCAAAAGAGCUCAUCCCCUGGGUCUCACUUCCAUGGCCAUUUGUGAAAUCCACAUCAAGAAGCUAAGGGAUCUUCUCCAGGAGCCAGGACCAGCUCCUGGGGUGGCUGUAAGAAUUGGCUCCACCUUAAAAUCAAGGUGGAUGCCGCACCCUCUAGUAACCAAAGUUGAUAGCAACAUCGCUUGUGCUGGACCUCAAGGGAAGAGUUGCUGCUGUAGAGAUCCUUAGAUCCUUCCUUUGCUCUUCAGUCACUGCCUGCCUGAUACCUUGCAAAGAUCCUGGCCUCCAAGCACAUGGAUUCUGGAAGUGUUGCAGAGAACGAGAAUGUGCAGCUGCAGGGUAGGAAUGAGAGGUCGUACCGGCUCGGAGACCUGCAGGAGAGAAUGGGGAAGCUGGCUGGCUCCAAAACAGAUUUGUCAGCCAGAAUGGUCUUCAGUGAGGAGGAAAAACUGAAGAUUUCCAAAGACCUCGUUGAUCUCCAGAUUGAGACAAACAAAAUGAAGGAGCAGUAUGAGACAGAGAACUUUGAACUGAAAAAUAUGAUCCUGGCCCUGGAGAACCGUGUGCUGGAGCUGGAGCUCUGCAGUGAGAAAGUCACUGGGGAGCGAGAUGCCUUACGGGAACACCUGCAUGCUCUGGAGACCAGUCGGAAGGAGCUGGCGGAUGAGUACAUCAUUUUGAAAAGCAAUUACCUGGCCCUAGGCAAAGAACUGGACCAGGAGGUCAUGAAGAAUGAAGAGCUCAGCCAAGAGCUGCUCAACCUGGCCAAUGCCAGGAGCACCCUUCCCCACACAGAGAGCAACCGCUCCCCCGCCGUGGCCAAUGAAUCCUCUGCUGAGCUGGAAAAAGUGAGAGCAAUGGUGCAUCGUCUCUCUGCUCGGAAGGUGAAGCCAGAAGAUGCAGUUGCCUCUGAAUGUGAGCAGCAAAAGCUAGAGAGAAACUUGCCUGGAAACCAGGCUCACAUAAAAGUGGAGCUUGAAAAACUGAAGAAAACCUAUGAUUUGCAGCAGCAGAAGCUGGAAGAGAGAGUGAUCGCGAUGGGGAAGGAGCUGCAGGAGGCAAAGGGAGCAAUUGGAGACACCCAGCACAAGCUGGCGGAGCAGUCAGCGGUGCUGCUCACCUCCCAGAGCCAGCUCCAAGAGGUGGAGGCAGAGAACUCCCUGCUGCAGCUCCGGCUGAAGGAGCUGAACGAGGAAUACCGCUCGCGGCUCACACAGUACAUCAAGGAUGUGGCGGACUACAUGGACAGCAAAUCCAGCAACGUAAUGGGGCCUAGCAAAGCCCCAGCUGAUCGUGCUCCUAUGAAACGCUUUGUGGACAGCAUGCUGAAGGACAUCAGGGCUUCCUACAAGUCUCGGGAAGAGCAGCUAGCUAGAGCAGCACGUGGCUACAAGAAACGCAUGAAAAACUUGGUCAAGAAGCAUGAGAACCUGCUGAUUGCUUACGGGCUCCAGCGAGAACAGAUCCGGUCCUUGGGCAGCAGCGCUAUGGAUUGUGGCCCUGCCGAGCUCCACUUUUCCAUCACAGAUCCAGAGCUGCUGACAAACACAACCCGGGAGCUAAACCGGCUGCGGGAAGAUAAAGCAAAACUGGAGAUGCAGCUACAUGAACUGCAGAAGAAAAGACUGAAAGAAACCUCUGCCUUUCUGCUGUCUCCUGAGCAGCAGCUGGAUGAGGAGGGCUGGGCAGAGGUCAGGAAGCAGCUCCAGGAGUUUGCACACACCACCCAGGAGGAUUUGGAGCAUGAGAGAAGCCAGCUGCUGACUCGGGCAAUUGUGGCAGAAGAGCAGGUGUCGGAGCUGCAGGAAUACAUAGAUAAGCAUCUUGCAAGGUACAAGCAGGAGAUCCUCCGGCUGACGAAGCUUGCUGGCAGCGAGGUACCACGCACGCUCAGCGCUGGGGCGGCCGAUACUCACUCGCUGCCCAGAGCCAGAAGGACUGUCAGCCACAAACCGUAGCUCUCCACCACGGCUCUGAGGAGCAGUGCGAUUGUAGGAAAGAGCAGGAUGUAAAAGCAAGGAGCUUUCUGUUGUGUGGACUGGCUGGAGCAAGUAUCCUUCCCUGGCUGAGAGCUGGGAGGCACAGCAAGGGAAACCACAUGGGUGUUCUCGGUCUCAAAUUCACAGUACUAAAAUGAGACAAGACAACUGCGUCUCGUCUAUCUUCUGACCCCUCAGCUGUAGGAAUUCUGCUGUUCCCUGAGCACAUCACGCCUCGGGACAUGGGGUCAGGUUCCCAGGCAGCUUUUUACUGUGAGGCUGCAGG